AUAAAAUAUUGUAUAUUGACAGCAAUAUCCCAGUGGCUGAUUUAUUGAUAAUAUCUUUGACCUUUAGAAUCUUUUUUUUUCUAUUAUAUAUAAGGAAAUACAAACUAGGUAACAGGAAGAAAUGAGAAAAGGUAGAAAGAGACAAUAGUGAAGACUGGUCGACACUGGAGUACAAAAGAUUACUGCAGGAUUAUUCUAUGAGGCUGAUUACAGCAGCUUUAUCUUAUCAAGCUUUGGCAUUGAAGACCAUGUGAAUUCAUCUACAACCCUGGUAGUGAAAUAAGAACAUUUUUUGUUUCUGAAAUUUUAAGCUCUUUACGGACACACUUUUUACUUAAUCUGUAUGACAUCAGAGAAAGGGAACAAUUUGACCAAAGAAAGAAGAAAAAGUGGAUUAGCAGAUCUCAUGGACCGACAGUCUCUGGAUGGUAGGAGAUCCAUUUAGCAGAAAUAGAAAUGAGAAUACAAUGUUUCUGAUGUAUUUAAUUUGGAGAAGAACAUUUUCAUGUUCUUUCAAUAAACAAAGUUAAUCACAUUACAUUUUACUUCUGGUAAAAGAAUAUUAAUUAAAUUGAUUAUGUUCACAUUAGAGAAUAUAACAUAUCAUAGUCAAAUAACAUUUAUGUUUAUAUUCAUUAUUACAAGCAUUAAAAGGAAAUAAAUAGUGUUGUGGCAAAUACUACUUAAACAGGCAGAGUCUCCCAUAUCUGGAAAUUAUCAUCUAUACUGCUAGAGAGAGUUAAGGAUAUUUUAAUAGUAUUUAAUUAACUAAAAUUUAAGAGAUUAUUGCUUUCAGCCAUUUAAAAAUUAUUAAUUGAACAUUGACUACAGGCUUGGUCUGUGUUUACCAUUAUCCAUUAAGAGCUUGUUAUUUAAUUGGGGAAAUCCAAGUCAAGAUACAGUAAAUAUCCAAGAAACUUAUCAAAUAUUUGAAUAAAAAUCAUGGCACCCAUAUUUUAUGGUGUAUUUAUAGUAUUAUUCAUAAAACACUAAGAAAAACUAUUAAUAUCCACCUCCAAAAACAUGGAAGCAAUUUCCCAUUUUCAAAAUUAUUAAUAUUCCCAUCAAAUAAAUGCUAUUUGGAACUAUCUUAUUGGAAAUAAAUAAAAUAUCCUUUAUCCAAUAAUGAUAUCUUUGAAGAAAUGAGUAUCCUCAUAUACUUACAGUGCUAUUAUAAAUAACUAGAAUUUCUGGAACUAUUGUUUUACAUAUACUAGAAAAUCUUAAAAUUUUACAUUCCAGUUAAAACAUAUAUUCGAUAUUUAGUAAUUCAUGCUAAAUUAUCAUAAAUAUUUCCAAAGAUGUGGAUAAAAUAAGCCUCACUGAAAAUAUAUUUACAUAAAAUAUUGAAACAAUUAAAAUGUUCAUAUUCACAUUAUAAACUGAUACGAGGAAAUUCUGUUCUGUCUAAAAAUGAUACAGAACAAUAUGUAAAGACAUGCAAAAUGAUUAUAACUUAUAAUAAAACAUAAAUGAGAUGAUUUUUAAAAUCUCUAAAUUCAGUAAAAACCCAGAGAAAUCAAACUCAGUGUGGAUAAAGGCACCAAAAAAGUGGAAUGAAUAAAGUCACAUACACUAGACUAUGAAGAAAAAUCAUGUUUUGGAAAAGCUAUCCACAUAAUACAAGAAUUUUUAAUUGAAGAAAAAUUCACUGGAAAAGAAGCCACUACUGUCUCUAAAAUAAGAUCACAAGGCAGACACCCAGAGACAUUUGAGCCUCCAACUAGUAAACUAGCAGAAGCUCUACCACUGCCCACAGCAAAGAUUCAAAAUUGGGCAACCUGUGGACUUAGCAUCUGACUGGUGCAGCAAGGAAGGAGGCUAGUGGGCAAGCGUUACUGUGCCCAACCCGGAGGUGCCUCUUCGCAGUCUUCAGGAGCAGCUCCCCCAUUCCAGCUCCUCUGGCAGGGUCUGCAGUUACCUGCGACCGGGACAGGAGACCAUGAAUGUACCCUUCUGCCCCCAUGCCUUUCUGCCCUCUUUGAGUUCCCGUCCUUAAUUGAAGAGCCAGUGACUAUUGGCUGAAGUUCCCCCAGCGAUUUGCAUGAACCCAGAGGGAGUGUCUUCUGCCGCCCUCCCUUCAAGAGCGCUCUGACUGCAGCCUCCCGGGGAAUGCGCGGCCGAGGGAAUGCGCGCAGCUCGCGAGCCUUGGGAGUGAGCUGGUACCCGGCGACCUGGCACCCGCGCCUGGAUAUGGGGCGUCUACAUCGUCCCAGGAGCAGCACCAGCCACAGGAAUCUGCCGCAUCUGUUUCUGUUUUUCCUCUUCGUGGAACCCUUCAGCUGCCUCGCGAGUCACAGCCGGGCCACCGAGCUUCUGUACAGCCUGAACGAGGGACUGCCCGCGGGGGUGCUCAUCGGCAGCCUGGCCGAGGACCUGCGGCUGCUGCCCCGGUCUGCAGGGAGGCUGGACCCGCAUUCGCAGCUGCCAGAGCGCACCGGUGCUGAGUGGAACCCCCCUCUCUCUUUCAGCCUGGCCUCCCGGGGACUGAGUGGCCAGUACGUGACCCUAGACAACCGUUCUGGGGAGCUGCACACUUCAGCUCAGAAGAUCGACAGGGAGGCCCUGUGUCUUGAAGGGGGCGGAGGGACCGCGUGGGGCGGCAGCGUUUCCAUCUCCUCCUCUCCUUCUUCUGACUCUUGUCUUUUACUGCUGGAUGUGCUUGUCCUGCCUCAGGAAUAUUUCAGGUUUGUGAAGGUGAAGAUCGCCAUAAGAGACAUCAAUGACAACGCCCCACAGUUCCCUGUUUCCCAAAUCUCGGUGUGGGUCCCGGAAAAUGCACCUGUAAACACCCGAUUGGCCAUAGAGCAUCCUGCUGUGGACCCAGAUGUAGGCAUUAAUGGGGUACAGACCUAUCGCUUACUGGACUACCAUGGUAUGUUCACCCUGGACGUGGAGGAAAAUGAGAACGGGGAGCGCACCCCCUACCUAAUUGUCAUGGGUGCUUUGGACAGGGAAACCCAGGACCAAUAUGUGAGCAUCAUCAUAGCUGAGGAUGGUGGAUCUCCACCACUUUUGGGCAGUGCCACCCUCACCAUUGGCAUAAGUGACAUUAAUGACAAUUGCCCUCUCUUCACAGACUCACAAAUCAAUGUCACUGUGUAUGGGAAUGCUACAGUGGGCACCCCCAUUGCAGCUGUCCAGGCUGUGGAUAAAGACUUGGGGACCAAUGCUCAAAUUACUUAUUCUUACAGUCAGAAAGUUCCACAAGCAUCUAAGGAUUUAUUUCACCUGGACGAAAACACUGGAGUCAUUAAACUUUUCAAUAAGAUUGGGGGAAGUGUUCUGCAGUCUCACAAGCUCACCAUCCUUGCUAAUGGACCAGGCUGCAUCCCUGCUGUAAUCACUGCUCUUGUGUCCGUUAUCAAAGUUAUUUUCAGACCCCCUGAGAUUGUCCCUCGUUACAUAGCAAACGAGAUAGAUGGUGUUGUUUAUCUGAAAGAACUGGAACCCGUGAACACUCCCAUUGCGUUUUUCACCAUAAGAGAUCCAGAAGGUAAAUACAAGGUUAACUGCUACCUGGAUGGUGAAGGCCCGUUUAGGUUAUCACCUUACAAACCAUACAAUAAUGAAUAUUUGCUAGAGACCACAAAACCUAUGGACUAUGAGCUACAGCAGUUCUAUGAAGUAGCUGUGGUGGCUUGGAACUCUGAAGGAUUUCAUGUCAAAAGAGUAAUUAAAGUGCAACUUUUAGAUGACAAUGAUAAUGCUCCAAUUUUCCUUCAACCCUUAAUAGAACUAACUAUUGAAGAAAACAACUCACCCAAUGCCUUUUUGACUAAGCUGUAUGCUACAGAUGCCGACAGUGGGGAAAGAGGCCAAGUUUCAUAUUUUCUGGGACCUGAUGCUCCAUCAUAUUUUUCCUUAGACAAUGUCACAGGAAUUCUGACAGUUUCUACUCAGCUGGACCGAGAAGAGAAAGAAAAGUACAGAUACACCGUCAGAGCUGUUGACUGUGGGAAGCCACCCAGAGAAUCAGUGGCCACUGUGGCCCUCACAGUGUUGGAUAAAAAUGACAACAGUCCUCGGUUUAUCAACAAGGACUUCAGCUUUUUUGUGCCUGAAAACUUUCCAGGCUAUGGUGAGAUUGGAGUAAUUAGUGUAACAGAUGCUGAUGCUGGGCGGAAUGGAUGGGUUGCCCUCUCUGUGGUGAACCAGAGUGAUAUUUUUGUCAUAGAUACAGGAAAGGGUAUGCUGAGGGCUAAAGUCUCUUUGGACAGAGAACAGCAAAGCUCCUAUACUUUGUGGGUUGAGGCUGUUGAUGGGGGUGAGCCCGCCCUCUCCUCUACAGCAAAAAUCACAAUUCUCCUUCUAGAUAUCAAUGACAACCCUCCUCUUGUUUUAUUUCCUCAGUCUAAUAUGUCUUAUCUGUUAGUACUGCCUUCUACUCUCCCAGGCUCCCCGGUUACAGAAGUCUAUGCUGUCGACAAAGACACAGGCAUGAAUGCUGUCAUAGCUUACAGCAUCAUAGGGAGAAGAGGCCCUAGGCCUGAGUCCUUCAGGAUUGACCCAAAAACUGGCAACAUUACUUUGGAAGAGGCAUUGCUGCAGACAGAUUAUGGGCUCCAUCGCUUACUGGUGAAAGUGAGUGAUCAUGGUUAUCCUGAGCCUCUCCACUCCACGGUCAUGGUGAACCUAUUUGUCAAUGACACUGUCAGUAAUGAGAGUUACAUUGAGAGUCUUUUAAGGAAAGAACCAGAGAUUAAUAUAGAGGAGAAAGAACCACAAAUCUCAAUAGAACCGACUCAUAGGAAGGUAGAAUCUGUGUCCUGUAUGCCCACCUUAGUAGCUCUGUCUGUAAUAAGCUUGGGUUCCAUCACACUGGUCACAGGGAUGGGCAUAUACAUCUGUUUAAGGAAAGGGAAAAAGCAUCCCAGGGAAGAUGAAAAUUUGGAAGUACAGAUUCCACUGAAAGGAAAAAUUGACUUGCACAUGCGAGAGAGAAAGCCAAUGGAUAUUUCUAAUAUUUGAUAUUUCAUGGUGGAAUAACACGGAGAAAUGUUUUAACUGACUUUGGAUCUUCAUCACCUAAAAAAGGAGAGUGUUGAUGGCAGUUACAAUGAAGGACGACUAAUUUAUAACUUGUUCUAUAUUGUAAAUAGCUGUUUACAGGUUUUUAAAUUUAAAUUCAGAGGUUAUAAAAUGUGUACAGCAUUUUUAAGUGAAAAUUAGUACUAACAGCCAUAGGACUGUUAUUAAAAAAAAAAAAAAAGAAAGCUUGGACAUGGUUUGCAGCUUUCAUACACCAAGCAGAUGAUUGAUAAAACCUGGGAGUAAGGUAAGAAAAAGGAACAAAUUUUUAUCUAAAAAUUCCUGUCACCACAAGAGGGCAUCAGCUGCUCCUUUGCAGGGAACUGAGGUAUUGUACUUGACAGUUGUACAUGAAAUUAAUGAAAGAGUAUAUUUUAAAUAUAUUGUUUUUAACAUUAAACAAAUAUGAAAUUAAAGUAAAUUAAAUUUCACCCUAUUUAAAUAUAUAAGAAAAAAGAGAAAUGCACUUGUAAACAGAAUGUUUAUUACCUCAAAAGUGCAUAUAUAGUUUGAAAGAGAAGGCAUUAAAAAGAAGUGCAAUUCCUUUUUAGCAAGGAUAAAAACAUUGCCUUGUGUUACAAAUUCGAUCUGCUGAAGAGUAUUCCACUUUCUGUGUACUCGAAUUGCUUUCUGUUUGCUUUACCACUGCACUUGCUGUUAUUACAGGGGAAAUAUAUAUAUAUAUAUAUAUACACACAUACAUUCUUCGUUACAGAAAAUGUAACUAGAUCUUAUGCCCAAGAAAAACAGCCAGAAGCAAAGAAAUGCUUCAAUCCUUAGUUGCUUCAUAGGCAUUCAUGACAUUUUAGUGCUUUCACAACUUGGUGGUUGUACUUUAUACUUGGGUUAUAUAUUAGACUUUUAUAGGCUUAAAAUCUUCCAUCACAUAAGAAAAUAGAAAUCAUAUUAAAAGUGAAUUCUUCUAGAGGCUUGUGUGCACUACUGGUUGUUUUAGUUGGGCCUUUUAUAUGAAAGUUAUACUGUACUUAUCUUUUUGCUGUUGUUUAGGUUUGUUGGCUACCAUUUCUGCCUUCCUUUCUUUGGUUUUGGAUUAAGUCCAACAGUUUAUUUGUAAGCCCUGCAGCAGAUUUCUUUGAUCAUUUAGCUUUUACUGAAUCUCUUGCAAUGAAGAAAGCUAUUUCAUCAGUGAUUUAUCACUUUCAAUUCAUUGUGUGAACUGGAAAUAUUAUUUUAUAUGAGAGCUAUAGCAAAAUAAUCUGUAUAAACAAGGAAUGUGUUAGCUUAAACUGGAUCAUUUUACUUUUUGGCAUCAUGCAUCUGUACUGUACCAAAAGUGUUUCUAUGUCUGCAAAUUAAAGGUAUAUUUUCAUAAUUUCUUUAUCAUUUUUAGCAUUUUAUAUUUGAACAUGGGCUUGUUAUUUCACUGAAGUGCCUGUCAUUUGUUUGUUUUUAGGGUUAAAUGUGAGUAAAUUGUAGUAUUCUGCUAUAUUAAAGUUUAUAUUAAACUAAUUCAUUACUCAGUUAAACAUUGGGUAAAUUAUUAAAUGCGUGUGUAGUUAUAGACAUAUAUGUAGUAGAAAGAGAGUAUGCCUAAAUAUUUGAUGUAAGUUCAUAUGAAAAUUUGCACCCAUGUAUGUGCACAUUCAUAUUAAUUGAUUAUAGAUUUAAUAUCAUUACACAUUUUCAUUUUACCACAUAUUUAUAACAAAUCCUCUGUUAGCAGUGUUGCAAUAACUUGCAAUAAUUUUUGAAACAAAAAUACUCUGCAAAAAAAGAAAUUGAAUGCAAACAAUCAAGUUCUUUUAGAUUUGUAUUAGUUAACUCAUUUAUCUUAUUUUUCUUCAGUUUGAGAAUUUCGGUAAAUAAAAUAAUAAGUAUAUGAGGCAGCAACAUUUGUUACAAAAACUAAAUAUAUUUUUAUCGGAAAUUCCUUUUGUAUGAGAGGCAUCUGAGCUAAGAGACUAAGAUCAUUUAACCCCCAAAACUUUUCAUUUAUAACUGAUAUGGAGCAAUGGAGGAAACAUCUCUUAAGAGUCAUAUUUUAUUUCUUAUUUCUUUUUUGUAAAGAAAGGAACUUCAUGAGAUAAAAAUAACACUAUUUAUUUUUUAAGAAUCCUCCAUAAGUGCAAUAAUUUCAUCAUCAGUACAAAUAGCACAAUUUUCGAUUCAUUUCCAAAUUUGAAGAAGGUUCAUGUGUUUUGGGGAAAGGACUUUAUCUCCAGCAUGAGAAAUGCCUGUAACAUUAAUAAAAAUAUGUAUUUCUGAAUAACUUCUUGUGGCAGGAUUUCCUUUACAAAAACAUCUCAUUCACAUUAAAAACAUUAAUAACAAGGAAAGCUAAAGUAAAUUAAACUCAAAGAUAAAAGCUCCUUUCUACUGACACCUUGUGCUAGAAUAGUUGCCAAAAUGUAUGCUAAUCAUGUCAAUGUUGUUAGUUGAGCUGGCACAAAAAUAAAUGUUCCAUUCAUUAAAACCCCUAAUAUCCAUUUAACAGUUUGUGAACCAGUGAGUUCUCUUUGCCCAAUUUAAUGAAGAAGAGAUUGCUGUGAUCUUUGCACUGCCAAAUUCACUCUUACACCACAGAGAAAAUUGUUCAUUAAUUUGAAUUGGGAAAUUUAAAACCGACAUAGCAAUUUCAGCUACAGGGGAAAAAACAAUUUACGUUAUUUGACUACUUAGGGUAGAUUUCCUGACCCUGUUAAAAAAAAAAAAAAAAAAAAA